AGUUCCUGGUGCGUCACGGGCGGGGAGUUCCUUAAAGGGGCCGCGCGCGGAGCUCCGGGGCGGACGCGGGUGCGGCGGUCGGCGGGCCUGGUCCCGCGCUGUAAAAGAAUGCCCGCGGCGGCCGCGCGACCAUGCAAUGGCGAGCGCUCGUCCUGGGGCUGCUGCUCCUCCGGCUCGGCCUGCACGGCGUCCUGUGGCUCGUCUUCGGGCUGGGCCCCAGCAUGGGCUUCUACCAGCGCUUCCCGCUCAGCUUCGGCUUCCAGCGCUUGAGGGGCCCCGACGGCUCCGCGCCCUCCGCGCCGGGGCCCGCGGGCCGGCCGGGGGCGCCGUCGGGGCCGCCGUGGCUCUCGCGGCCCGGGGUCGGGGUGGCGGCGGCGGCGGGCGGCCGGCCCGAGGCUCCGCGGCGGCCGGGACCCGGCGGCGUGUGCGGCCCGGCGCCCUGGGGUGGCUACGCGCUGGGCGGCUGCGGCCCGGACGAGUACGAGCGGCGCUACAGCGGCGCCUUCCCGCCGCAGCUGCGGGCCCAGAUGCGGGACCUGGCGCGGGGCAUGUUCGUCUUCGGCUACGACAACUACAUGGCGCACGCCUUCCCCCAGGACGAGCUCAAUCCCAUCCACUGCCGCGGCCGGGGGCCCGACCGCGGGGACCCCUCCAAUCUGAACAUCAAUGAUGUGCUAGGGAACUACUCUUUGACCCUUGUGGACGCUUUGGAUACUCUCGCAAUAAUGGGAAAUGCAUCGGAGUUCCGGCGAGCAGUCAAGUUAGUGAUCAACACCGUCUCGUUUGACAAAGAUUCCACUGUCCAGGUGUUUGAGGCCACGAUAAGGGUUCUGGGAAGCCUCCUCUCUGCCCACAGAAUAAUAACUGACUCCAAGCAGCCCUUUGGCGACAUGACCAUUAAAGAUUAUGAUAAUGAGUUGUUGCAUCUGGCCCACGACCUGGCGGUGCGGCUCCUCCCGGCCUUUGAAAACACCAAGACCGGCAUCCCCUACCCACGGGUGAAUCUAAAGACAGGUGUUCCUCCCGACAGCCGUAAUGAGACGUGCACGGCCGGAGCUGGCUCCCUCCUGGUGGAGUUUGGGAUCCUGAGCCGGCUGCUAGGAGAUUCCACAUUUGAGUGGGUUGCCAGACGAGCGGUGAAAGCCCUCUGGAACCUCCGGAGCAAUGAUACGGGACUACUAGGCAACGUUGUGAACAUCCAGACAGGCCACUGGGUUGGGAAGCAGAGUGGCUUGGGUGCUGGGUUGGACUCCUUCUACGAAUACCUGUUGAAGUCUUACAUCCUCUUUGGAGAAAAAGAAGACCUGGAAAUGUUUAAUGCUGCAUAUCAGAGCAUUCAGAACUACUUGAGAAGAGGACGGGAAGCCUGUAACGAAGGAGAAGGAGACCCCCCGCUCUACGUCAACGUGAACAUGUUCAGCGGGCAGCUUAUGAACACCUGGAUUGACUCCCUGCAGGCCUUCUUCCCUGGACUACAGGUUCUGAUAGGAGAUGUGGAAGAUGCCAUCUGCCUCCAUGCCUUUUAUUAUGCCAUAUGGAAACGGUACGGGGCCCUCCCUGAGCGGUAUAACUGGCAGCUGCAGGCCCCCGACGUUCUCUUCUACCCUCUGCGACCGGAGUUAGUGGAAUCCACGUAUCUCCUCUACCAGGCCACCAAGAAUCCCUUCUACCUCCACGUCGGGAAGGACAUUCUUCAGAGUCUGGAGAAAUACACGAAAGUCAAAUGCGGGUACGCCACACUGCAUCACGUCAUAGACAAGUCCAAAGAGGACCGCAUGGAGAGCUUCUUUCUCAGUGAGACCUGCAAAUACUUGUAUCUGCUAUUUGAUGAGGAGAAUCCAGUCCACAAGUCCGGGACGAGAUACAUGUUUACCACAGAAGGCCACAUCAUAUCUGUGGACAAGCACCUUCGGGAACUGCCCUGGAAGGAGUUCUUCUCUGAAGAUGGAGGGCAAGACCAUGAGGGAAAGUCUGUGCCCAGGCCGAGGUCUCACGAGGUGAAAGUCAUCAACUCCAGCUCCAACUGCAAUCGUGUUCCGGAUGAGAGGAGAUACUUCCUGCCCUUGAAGAGCGUCUAUAUGCGUCAGAUCGACCAGAUGGUUGGCUUGAUAUGAGCCGCUCGUCCCUGCUUCAUCUUCCACCAGACCUGACCAAGUGAACCCUGACCCCAGGGACACCCAGUGUGCAGUGGAGGGAUGGGUGUCGCACUGCACGGCACCGUGUGGAAGUUCUGUCUGAUCCAUCACCCACAGCUGGUUCAUGUGGUUCAUUCUUGCACACUUCAGUGUUUCCCUUCUGUUCAAUAAAUGCCCUAUUUUUUCUUAGUAAUAUCACUAGAAAUGAGAAGAUACAUGAAAACUGGCUGACACACUGACACAAUUCUGUUGUUAAGCACAUCUGCCCAGCUUCCUGUUUGGAAUUCAGAAGUCUCUACUGCGCCACUACUGGCCAUUCUGCGGUAUUGCUACCUCUUUGUUAGGGAAUAGGAAAUGAGAUUCCUAUCCACACGCCCGGGGCACUUGACGCCUACUUACUGCACUAAAAUCGGCACCCUUUCUGCUCCUACAGCAUCCUUAGGUUCUCCUUAGAUGUUCGGCUGUGAUUUUUUUUUUAGAUCACGUGGGGAGAAAAUCAUGCAGUUGUCUUCUAUGCCUUCAACUCAUCUGCCCAGUGUUAGAGUCAUUUGCUUGUGAAUAUGGGUGGAAGUAGAAUUCUGACCAAUGGUCUUUUCAGCUGUUAUGUCGUGGUGUCUGUCAGCGGUUAGCCAACAGUUCUGUGGGAUUGUGUUUUGCAUUCAUUUCACACAUGAAAAUUACCUGCGGAACUCCGCUAGUUCCAGAACCAGGUGCCUUCUAGGGGAGAAAAACAAAAACAAAACCCUAGGUUGUCUCAGCGUCCGUCUUUCUCUUUUUCCUAGCCGAGGAUUCUAGAUUCUUCCUUCUUAGCGUUUUGUUUUUGUUGCCUGUGUCUAGUGCCAAUUCGCAUAAUCAGGGAGAAAGAAGGGAUCAGACGACUUUCUGAUGUCCUCGAGCCAUUUCUCUGUGCACCAGGCCUCGCUUAGUGCCUUAUACAGGUUUUGGUUUUGGCCAUUGGUUGCCACAGGUCUUGCCGUGGUUGCAGGGGCUUUGUAUUGCCCUUGAGUGGGACCAACAAUGAAAGGAGGAUGGGGUGGGUGUGAGGAAGGUUUUGGGAAGUAGUUGGUCCACCUUUGCCUUUCAUCCUCUUCUUUUAGCCAAGCACCUAGGGGGAAGAAGCUGGGCUUCAUUUCAUUGCUGUUACCUUAGAACACGCCCUGAGGCUCCUCCGAGGUGGGGCUGGGUCUCCUCGGAGCCUGGCCUGGCGCACUUACCUGGCAGGAAGGUGUCUGACUGAAGGGUGGGUAGCAGUCUUGGUGAGCACCAGCCCCUGGCAUCCGCUUUCGUGUAUUUCUGCAGGUUUCUUUUCAGUCCUCUUAAAACUACAAAGAACCCCACCUAAGCCAUUUGCGUUUUCCAUCCGCAGGGAGAAAUUUUAUUCCUUCUUGAAAAUUUUAAGUGUUGCUGUUUGGAAAAUGGGUGUAUCCUUCCGUUCUUCCACAUUUUUAGAAAGGGGAUUUUCAGUAGGAAAUGUAUUAUCUUUCCAACAUUUACUAUGCAAUUUGGUAGAAAAAAAA